AGCAAACUCCGAAGAUGAGUUAGGCUAGCAGUCCCAAUAAUAAACUCAUCAAUACUCUGUUGUUGAAAUCGAAAAGUCCUUCAUAGUAUACAAUUUAAAGUCCUGCUGUGUCUCCUACUCAAGUGAGUUUACCCAAAGCCUUCUAUCCUCACAAAAACUCUUCAAUCGAUCUAACGAAAUUGGCAACUCUGAUGAAACAGCAGAAGGUGAAGUAGUCAUCAUCGGAGGGAUCAAAAGAUUCAAUGACUCAACUAAUAGCCAAAGCUCGUGCAAUUGCAAUGUCAGCCAAAACUCCAUCAGGACCUAUACAUAUUCGGAAUGACUCUGCGCAGGUGCGAAAAGUGAAUAAGGACUCGGAGGUAAUAAGUCCGAAAGCGACUGAUGCAAAACAGAUAAGCAAAGCGGCUUUCACAUUUGAAUAUGUAAUUGGUAUUGGAGGGUUUGGCAAAGUGUGGAAGGUUAAAAGAACAGGACAACAGUUUGCAAUGAAAGAGAUGUCCAAAGCCCUUGUUAUCACUAAGAAAAGUGUGAAUUCUGUUAUGAAUGAGAGAAUGCUGCUUAGCCAACUUAAGCAUACCUUCCUCAUUAACAUGUACUAUGCAUUCCAAGAUCGUGAGAACCUGUACCUCGUCAUGGAUUACAUGUGCGGAGGUGAUUUGCGAUUUCAUAUUGGGAGAAUGCGACGUUUCAAUGAGGAACAAACUAGUAAGUUAUUAUGUAACAUUUCAGAGUUCUUUGUGGCAUCCAUCUUCAUUGGUCUCGAGUAUCUACACACUAAUAACAUCAUUCAUAGAGACAUCAAACCAGAAAACUUGGUGCUCGAUGAAAAGGGAUUUGUCCACAUCACCGAUCUGGGAAUUGCUCGUGUCAUGAAAUAAGAAAACUCAAGUGACACCUCUGGAACUCCUGGCUAUAUGGGUAUUUAUUGAUUUAUAUAAAUUCAUUCACAAGCACCUGAAGUCAUGUGUCGACAAAAUCAUACAUUUGCUGUCGACUAUUAUGCACUUGGAGUCAUUGCCUACGAGUUUAUGUUAGGAAGGGUAAUAUCAUUAUGUCAAUAUUCAUAGCGUCCUUAUGUUGGCAGGUCUCGCCAAGAGAUCCGCGAUUAAAUUCUUGCUCGACAAGUCCAAAUCAAGGCUAGUGAAGUACCUCCAAACUGGAGCGUGGAAGCUGUAGACUUUGUGAAUCGGCUGCUCCAACGCAAACCAGCAAGUCGUCUCGGUUUCAAUGGGGGCCACGAGAUCAAGUUGCAUCCGUGGUUCAAAAACUUCCCAUGGUCAAAACUCUAAAAUAGGGAAUUGAAGGCUCCAUUCGUUCCUAAUCCCAGUGAUGACAAUUUUGAUUAACGACAGAUUGUCAUUGAAGAUGAGGAGAAUGCUGAACUCAUUGCUCAAAACAUUUAGUUGUUGCGAGAUCCCAAUGCUCAAUAAUAAUUUGCUGGGUAUGAGUACCAAUCAAACAAUGAGAAGAUCUUUGUCUUUGAUUAAUCAAAAUAACCAUGA